AUGAGUAAGUCCAGGACAGAUAUUUUGAACAAGGCCUUUUUGAAGCUGGAUAAAACGAAAGAUGGCGUGAUAACUAUUGCAGAUUUGAAAGGUGUUUAUAAUGUCAAACAUCAUCCCAAGUAUAUUAAUGGGGAGAAAACAGAGGAUGAAAUAUUGGUCGAAUUUCUGAAAACAUUCCAACCUCAAAACAAUGCUGAUGAUACUGUUACUAAAGACGAAUUUUUAAAUUAUUAUUCAGGGAUCAGUGCAGCUAUUGAUAAUGAUGCUUAUUUCGAUUUGAUGAUUCGGUGUACUUAUAAAUUAUAG